AUGCAUGCCCUUUAGCGGCUGUUGUCAUUAUGGCCUUAGCGGUCUCAGGGGCUAGUUGAAGUGAGCUGUAACACUUGAACAGAGAAAUAGCUGAAUGUCAAAGGGAAGUUACCUUAUCUCACUCUAAUUGAGAAUCGGAAGGACCAACCUGCGACGCUCUCACGUAACCUGACGAAAUCACCGCUGUUGAAACUAAGUCUUACAGUCAGCGCAAUUAUACCAAGAUGGACUAUGAUAACUGUAUUGUUUUGUUGGCAAAUAAUCAAUAAUAGAGGAUAUCAUCAUAUCAUUUCAAUGCAAUCCGGGUCACUUUCCUUAUUGUGGUUAACAACACUCUCUUAGAGGCCGAACGACGACAGGACAUAAGAAUCUGAGGAACGGCUGGGUGACCUGGAGAAUUCGGCUUGAGGACGCUCCCGGGCUGCUUGUCAAGUAUAAUCUUGGUGCUGAAUGAAACCCAUUUCGCGGAGAUAGGGUCGGGGUGAAUUCAGAGAAAGACGAUUGACUGUAAAGGUGUUCUUCGUCGAAUUUCAGUUGGAUGCUCGAGGUUGAAUGUAGAUGUUAGAGUAACACAACAUCUUCACCGACAGUAGUUAACGAGUUGUAAGGUUACGGAUAGCGAACCUGGAACAGUGCUUUCAAGACACUACCCCCAGCUAUGUAUAGUGAUUCUGUAGUUGGCUACAUCAGAUAAAGAAAGUUUGAUUUCAUGACAGAUCCGAUUCUCCUUUUCCACUAAAACCGCCUGCUAAAACAGGACUAACUAAAAAUUAAACAAGACUGCAUAACACAAACCAAACACUUCAUUCCAAGAGACGAAGGAAGACUAAACUACAGUCUGUUCACGCGAAUCACAGAAAAACCAUAUUUGGCCCAACCGAAGACGCUUAUCUAGUUAGGAUUACCAUUACAUUCCAUUUUCUUUGGUGAAUGUCACUUGCCGAGACUUUUCAGGUGGACACAUAAGGAUGACAGCUGCAGCACCGGCGGCCACAAUGCCAUUUCCUACCACACUAGCCUAUCCGGUGUCGGCGACACAGCUGGUCUCACCGACAACCAGUGUUUCCAAAUCGUGCUGCGAAGGAGGCAGACCAAUAAUGACCGAUCCAGCCACCGGACAGACCGUGUGUUCAUGUCAGUACACCCCAAGCCUUCUCAGCUACCCACGAGUUGCGGGCCUACCAGAGGGCGUCUACGGCCAGGCAGGUUAUGGUGCUACACAAGCGUACGUUCCGUUUGGAGGCGAUCCGUCCACUUUUUACACAUCACUUAGUUCAGGAUACGGUCUAAAGGAGAAUGGUGAGACCUGGCGCAGUGUUUAUCAACCAGUGGCGUGUUACCCAUACGAUUCGGCGAUGGCUGCAGCUUAUCCAUACGCGGGUUACAGUGCAAUGGACUUGAAUGGUGCGAGACGAAAGAACGCCACUCGAGAGAGCACUAGCACUUUGAAGGCGUGGUUACAGGAGCACAUAAAGAACCCCUACCCCACCAAGGGAGAAAAGAUUAUGCUCGCCAUUAUUACAAAGAUGACAUUAACACAGGUUUCAACGUGGUUUGCGAAUGCCCGACGGCGGUUAAAGAAAGAGAAUAAAAUGACGUGGUCCCCCCGGAACAGAUGUGAUGAUGACGAUGACGAUGAUGAUGAUGAACAUAGGGUGGAUAGCGAUAUUGACCCGAGUGAUGAGGAUGGGCAAAAGCAUAUGGAAUCAGACUCGCGAGCGUCGCCAAUAAUCACAGUCGUCAACGAGAAACCGGAAGUGAUACCAUCCACAUCCGCAACAGCCAUGACAAGCCACGAACACCUACUGAUUCAUUCCAAACUAAAUCAAAAAACGCCAAAUCAAAUCGCACAUUCCAAAGACAUUGAUGACAAGGAAAAAUCAAAGGAACAAACAGACUCUAGUGAUCGGAACCUUGAUACGAAAAAGGAUGUGACGAAACCCCGUAUAUGGUCACUUGCCCACACGGCUACUUCGAAUAGCCCGCCGCCGGGCCGCCGGUCGCCAAAGAUUCGACCCUCGCACUUUCAUCCUUUGGGCGUACCCGUCAGUUCAUUUGGACAGUUUAGUGCUGCCAGUUUACCUUAUUUCACUUCUGUGAAAUAUGGGGGAUGGACUUUACCGUACUCUAUGCCUUACGGGCUAGCGCAGGGUCACAAACAGUUGCCAGUCAUUGCCACGCCUCAUGUUCACCCACUGGACAAGUUACGAGUCGAAAAAGAAGAAUCAGUGCCAAAAGACUUGUCAAUGGAUAGAUCAAGCGACAGCAGUAAAAAUACAGUCAGGAACGGGGCAGAAGAUACCAGCCGGUUGUGGAAAACUGAAGAUCACCCACGGAGGUAAAGCUUUGACCAAGAGUGGACGACCAAAUCUCAUCAUUGGAAACAGGGUUUCAUGAAAAGACGCUGGAACGUACUGCCUCGGAAGGGAGGUCGAAAUGGGAUUAAAAAUAACCCUCUAUGGAAGGCUGAAUGAAUUUCCAAUGUAACAGCGGACCGCAUAUGGAUGACGAAAUGUGGAUGGUAAAUCGAUGCCUUACAGUACUUGGUAUUAGUACUUCCACUACAACGGCGGACUUUCAUGAGCGUUAAAACAGUCUAAAAUGUUUAUACGAACACAUUUCAAGGAAUUGUUAUUAUCAAAAUUGAAAGAGCGUUCAUGCAAACUAUUCGCGUUUUUCACACAGACAUAUUUGGGGGAAAAAGAUGCGAAAGGGUUGGGGUUGUAAUCCGGCUGUAUAAUGUAUGUGUCAGCCAAUGAGCCAGACCGACAUACUGUUACGUUGUUAUUGCACCAAUCAUAGUGUUCCUCGAAAAAACAGAGGUAUUCAUGUGGAGCUGUUCUGCUAACUGGAGUGAUAAAACAUUCUACGGGUUAAUUUUUGGUAUUUGGUAUUCUUGCUCCAACCGAUUUUAUUGAUCAGGGCCAAGUUUGGCGAUAUGUCCUACACUUCAGCCCAGUAUCUUUACGCCAAAUUUUUAACGCCAAGUUAGAGUUAACGCCAGGUUAGCAGCUUACUUGUUUUGAACAACCCAGGCAAUGCGGAUUAGGGCGGCGUAUGAUGACAAAAUAACAAACCUUUGAUGCAGAUUUACAAGUGCGACAGCUAGUUGAAUGAGGCAAGUUCUCAUUUAGUGCACUUUAUACUAAAUAACAAAAAUGCAUUUCUUCAUACGCACCUUGUGUCUGGUGGUGAAGUUUUUUGGUCCAUGUAAAUUUGCAUAUAUUAAUUAUCCUCAUAAUUAUGUUGUUUACUGAAGUAAAUGUAUGUAUACUGCCCUGAUUGACGAUAAUGUCACUUAGAAAUGAUAAAUGAAAUAUACUAAUUAUUGAAAAUUG